UAUUCCAAAGGCUGCAGCUCCUCUCUGCCUCUCGUGUGGGGCUGCUCUGCGGCGCGCAGGCUCUCCAACACGGCCUGGGCCAUGGCCAUCUCCCCACACAGUCCCCCGCCCGUCCGGGCUCACCCACACGGAGCUGUCGGUGGCUCUCAGUCUUGCCACGAAUCUCCAUAGGUUUCAGGGGCACAGCUUGUAUUCUCGCCACGGCUUGCAGAGGGGUCUCCGGUCUACUGCUUCUCGUUCCUUCCUCCUUCUCUAGCUGAAGGGUCCGCGUGGUGGCCUCCAUCUUGUAUCACUCUCCACCUCCCGACUCGCAUUUCAAAUUCCCGUCCCCUAAAUAGUGAUCGCAGAGGCGCCAGAUUGGCCCAGCCGGGCCGGAGGAAAACAAACUAUCACACUUGCACAGUCUGAGCAUUUUCCAGAAACCUUGCAGUUGUUAAUGUGCAGAUGAGUGAGUGAGCUCAAUACUGUCAGCAUUUAAGAACACCGUUUACUUAAAACAGCCUGGCAUUAUCACUAUGGAUCGCCAUCGGCACCACGCGGGCAGCGGCCGUGAGCAGGCGCCUUCCCGAGAGCACGGCCGUGGUGAGGAUGAAAGACAGCGACAGCUGGAGCGCCUCAGCAGGGAGGAGGCCUAUUACCAGUUCAUUAAUGAGCUCAAUGAAGAAGACUACAGGUUAAUGAGAGACCGCAACCUGCUUGGCACUCCUGGGGAAAUAACAGCAGAAGAGUUGCAGCAACGCUUGGAGGGGGCUAAGGAGCGUCUGGCCUCCCAGACUAAUCUGGAUAACCAAGAAGAUGAAGGUAGAACUGUUGGAGAUUCUGAUGUUCUUGGGGAAAACUCAAAUGGUGACUCUUUGCUUGAAUGGCUGAACACGUUUCGUCGCACGGGAAAUGCCACUCGCAGUGGACAGAGUGGGAACCAGACCUGGAGAGCCGUGAGUCGAACAAAUCCAAACAGUGGGGAGUUUAGAUUUAGUCUUGAAAUCAAUAUAAAUCACGAGCAUAACAGUUUUGAAACUACUGGUGAGGAGUAUGUGGGUAUAGAUAGUAGCAGAAUGUAUCUAGAAAGAAGACAUCAAAGAGCUGUCAGUCCAGUAACCCCACGAACGAGGAGCAGGGCUGUGAGAGAGGCAAACAGUGAGGCUUCAAGCACUGCAAGGACCAGGUCUCUGAGAAGUUCUGUGACACAGAGCUCUGAAGCAGACUUUCAUCCAGUCUCAAGGAGGCUCAGGAGUAGAAGGAGGGAGUUAGCAGGUGUUUCCCAAACUAAUACCACACGGAAUAAUUCUGCAGCUACUGGUGAACGAAGAGAAAUGCCAGGAAGAGGUACUUCUACAGGAGUCACAAGAGGUAGAGCUAGAGCUAACGUUCGGAUGGGUGCAAACCAAAGACUAGAAAUUCUGCGGCUGAGAUCCACUUUAAGUAGUCGAAGCCGCUCUCCGCUGCGAAGGCAAGGUGGUGCUGCUCCUUCUCAGGAACGUGGGCAGAGGCAGGACAGAAGCGCACAGCGAGCCAGCAGAAGUAGAAGGCGAACAGCUCUGCCUUCUCCAGAGCCUGCUAGAGAACAAGUGAGAGGUAAUGCUCAGAGUCCUCAACUUUCCAGUGUAGCCCCAUCCUUGGGAAUGACUUCGGAAGAGGAGGAAUCUAGUAGACCCGUAGCUGCUGCUAGGAGGCAUCCAACAAUUACAUUAGAUCUUCAGGUGAGAAGAAUUCGUCCCGGAGAAAAUAGAGAUCGGGACAGUAUUGCCAGCAGGACUCGUUCUAGAGUAGGAAUGGCAGAAAACACUGUCACCUUUGAAAGUGACAGUGGGGGAUUUCGGCGGACAAUAUCGCGCUCAGAGCGUGCGGGCAUUCGGACCUAUGUGAGCACUAUACGGAUACCCCUGCGGCGCAUCUCGGAAACAGGGCUUGGGGAACCUUCCUCGGUGGCCCUUCGGUCAAUCCUUAGGCAAAUUAUGACAGGCUUUGGAGAACUGAGUUCUUUAAUGGAAACUGAAUCCAGCUCAGAAGUGCAAAGAGGGAGUCAUUCCUUGCCGGAUGUACAGUCAGAGCAGAAUAGCUCCAGUUCAGCAAACAGCAGCAGCGACCCAGGUGAGGUUUUGUCCAGCAACAGGCAUGCAGUAGAGGGCAGCAGGGAAAGGGAUGGGCAGAGCGGUGACCCUCGGCGUCGCGGUCGCAGUAACGAAACCCAAGAUAACAGGCAGUCUCAAGAUGCAAACAACCUAGUGGAGAGUGGAACGCUGCCCAUACUACGACUUGCCCACUUCUUCUUGCUGAACGAAGAUGACGAUGACGAUCGUUUACGAGGUUUAACCAAAGAGCAGAUUGACAAUCUUUCUACUCGGAACUAUGGGGAUAUUCACGCUGAAAAUGAAAUCAGUAAAACGUGUAGUGUUUGCAUUAAUGAGUACGUAACAGGGAAUAAGCUAAGGCAGUUACCUUGUAUGCACGAGUUUCAUAUCCACUGCAUUGAUCGCUGGCUUUCCGAAAACUCAACGUGCCCGAUCUGUCGGCAGUCUGUGCUGGGCUCUAAUGCCACAGACAAUGGCUAGAGCUGUCGGCACUCACGGAUUUGUUUCUGCUCCACUUAUGAUGAGCCAGGUGGAAUGAGUCGACCUGCGUAGGGGUCCAUUUGUUGGGGAGAAUUUUGUUAAAUUUCAAAAUAAUAGGAAAUUUGUUUAGUGAUGUAAAUACUAUUUUUCUCCAAGUGCAGAUCUAGGAGUACACAUAGAACCAAAUGAUAUUGGUAAAGUUUAUAUUUUUUUAGGUAAUUUUGUUACGCUAAGCACUUUUGUAAAUACAGAAAUGCAAUAGUUAAUCAGUCUUGUUUAAUGUAUGGGGUUUUUUUAACAGUGUAAUGGACUCACUUUAUUUAGAUUACAAAUUGUUUCACACAGACCCACCACUGUGUUGAAGAAUUAGUGUCUAAAUAGCCAUUCCUUAGUUUUUUUGUUCUAAGAACAAUUUGUUUUACAGAGAGCUUCUUGCUGGACAUGUUUGCUAAAGAUAUUUAAGUUACUUGAAGUGCUCAUUUUAAUAGACUCUAUUUUUUUUAACAUUGAAAUAUCCUUUCCAAAAACUUACCAUUUUGGUUCUAUUUAAAACAAAAAAAUCUCAUGGCAGGUUUUGCAUGUGGUUUUACACAAUGCUUAAUGCUGAUGAGUUCAUAUGCAAAAGUGGAUGGGUUAGUGACAUUAUAAAAUGUACAUAAUUGAAUGCUGUCUUGGACAAUCUCUACCUUUUCAAUGCAGGCAGCAAUCAAAUCGGUGGCAACUCCGAGAGGGUGUUUCUUACUGCACAUGGUGUUUGCUCAAAGAAUAAAUGAGCACUGAGGAAGCCUUUUUACUCUUCCCAGUUAUGUAACCGAUAUUCACGGGGUUUUAACUGCCUUAGUUUAAAAAGGAAAAUAUUUCCUUAAUCAUUAUAUUGUCUACAAUAUGCAUGAUUUCUGCAUCCUACUCAGAAAAACAAAAGGAACGCUUGAAGUGGUUUUGUACAGAAAUACAAGGUACAAAUGUAACAGUGGGCCUCUUAAAAUACAUCAGAGGACCGAAUGGCAAAAGACACUAAAAAGGACAAAAUAAGCUUCCCUUUAAGUCACCAGAUUACUGUAUAAUUAGAUAUUAAACUUUAUACCAAUAACUUAUAAAAAAUAAAGUUGCCAAGUAAAUAA